CGCCAUCUUUGCAACAGUGUGAGGGUCAAUUAGCAUAUUCCCUCUUUAGUAGAUAGGAUUAUUAGAUAGGAUGGUCAAUCUUUCAGUGGCAUGUUCAAGGCUCUGAGAAGCCCUGUAAUAGAGAAACCUGUUUAAGCCAGCAUUUUCCAACCUCACUUGACCACAAUAUCCUUUUUCACUCACCACUCAAAAACUUGAACUUAUUUUUGUGUAUUGAGCAUGGACAACAUGUCUAGCCCUGCUGAUAGAGAAGACAAGGGUCUUGACCAGGGUACAGAAAAGAGGGGCUGUCGUCUAAGCUCUCCCCAGCCCUCCGGCCCCCCAACCCCCAGCCUAGGAAAGAGAAGGAAGCCAGGAGGAACAGCCCAGCCUGGUAUCAGCUGUGGUGGAGAGGCUGUGCACACUCUGCAGUGAGAGUGGGCCCAGCAGCAGCCCUGGCACGUAGAGGGGCCCGAGGCAGGGGGAGGGAUAAAGCCACAGGUGGCAAGAGCAAAACCACCUGCAGGGAUCCAAAAGAGAGACACCCAGAGGGAACUGGAGAGAAAAUCGAGAGGCUGGUGAUUAGUCAUCGAAUCAGGGGUGGGUGUGCCCGUUAGGCUUCCCGGAAACUGUGGGGAGUCUGUGAGCGAUGGGCGGGGAAGUCAUUAGUUGGCCCAGAGUUGGGGCUAGACUAAGUGCCAUUAUCUGCUGGGGUUUCUUCUCUGGCCAGUCUGUGAAGACCGCUGAAGGCACUGCUUCCUCCUCUCUCUCCCCGCGAGUGGAGUGCGAGUGCGGGGUUGGGUGAGUGCACAGAGCUGGAAUCUGUUGAGAUCUGCCCAGGUGGGUGUGUCCCCACCCGCCCCAGGAGCAGGUCCUUCCAGCCCAGCCCAGUGCAGAGCAGACAGCGGAAGCCAGCUUGGGGCAGCGGCAGAGCUCGACGGAGCACAGGUCUCGGGAUGAUGAAGCCCUGACCAAAGGCACCCACCCCCUGGCAGCCAUAGCCCACAUUCUCAAGGCCUACCUCUGCUGGCUUUGGGACCGUCUCCAUGCAGCCUGCAGGCCCUGUGCUGGAGAUGAUUGCCCUGUCAGGACCUUGGUGUGCCCCGUGAUGCCCCGAGGCUCGCUCCUCGGCACACUUUGGCAAGAUGUUGGCCAACUCCUCAGCAAACACUUCUACCAACAGCUCGGAUCUCCCGUGCCCUGACUACCGGGCCACCCACCGCCUGCACAUGGUGGUCUACAGCCUGGUGCUCCUCGCGGCGCUCCCGCUCAACGCGCUGGCCCUCUGGGUCUUCCUGCGCGCGCUGCGCGUGCACUCCGUGGUGAGCGUGUACAUGUGCAACUUGGCGGCCAGCGACCUGCUCUUCACCCUGUCGCUGCCCGUGCGCCUGCCCUACUACGCGCUGCACCACUGGCCCUUCCCGGACCUCCUGUGCCAGACGGCGGGCGCCAUCUUCCAGAUGAACAUGUACGGCAGCUGCAUCUUCCUGACCCUCAUCAACGUGGACCGCUACGCCGCCGUGGUGCACCCGCUGCGGCUGCUGCUGAUGGUGAUGGUGCUGCUGGCGGGCGCCAACUGCGUGCUCGACCCGCUGGUGUACUACUUCAGCGCCGAGGGCUUCCGCAACACCCUGCGCGGCCUGGGCUCUCCUCUCGGGACCAGGACCUCGGCCACCAACGGGGAUGGAGGGACGCUCGCCCAACUGCCCCAGAAGACCACCCCCACCGGCGGGACUGCUGCCUCCAGCCAAGGACUGAUCAGGCAUUCCAAUCCCCGGACGCCAAUCCCCGAGGAUUCUGUCCUCUAAAGGAACAUGGGGCCCUAGCCCGGUUACACCCACCUCCAUCCCCUCGCGCCUCUCGCAGUGGAAAACUUGCAGGGUGCGCACAGGAGGGCGGUGGAUCCGACACUUGGAUUUCUGGGUGGCAACUCCAACUCAUAAAUGCAGAAGGAGCAACGUGUGGGAGCAAGGGGCACGGGGAAGGGAGGGUGCUGGUGGGAAUGUCCUCUUUAAGUUCGUGGUGAUGAUGAGCACAGAAAAGAAGACCCGUCCCCAGUCUGUAGGAAGGGGUGGUGCUGUGAGCCUGCCAAGGCAGGGGCAGAGGAAUGGGUGAAAUGCCCUUGCGGGGGACUUGAAACACUGCCCAGCGCCAGUAGAUGUAGCAGAAAAAAUGGACGUCCUGGCUCUAGACUGACCACAGCAGUCUUAGGGCCAUAGAUGCCACCCACAUUUCAUUCCCACCUGGGCUUCCCCUCCCCGCAUUGAGGCAAAUACAAGAGUUCAUUGGAUAAGACA